GGCAGAUGUAAAGAGAAGGAACAACAUCCGCCUGCAGGAAGAGUGGACGCUUGAGGACCAUCUGGACUACGAGGCGCCCAAGCCUAUCAAAUAUGGAGACAGAGUCGCAAGGCAGCACAAUGGCAUUUUACCAUCAGGCUGAACACAGCUUUUCACGCAAGAGCAGUUCUCGGGUGACGAUCGUAACGAAAUGUCACCCCUUUCAAACCUUGAGGGUUGAAGAGACGCGCGAUAUAAGUCAUCAACCUUCCGUCCGCCUUAGGGAAAUCUUUCAUCGAAUACACGCCCACUACACCGCCUCUCGAGUCCCAGGACCAGCCUUUCUUGUUCCAAAAGUCUUAAGUUCGAGAAGUGUGAGCACAGCGCCAGCUUGGGAUUUAGCCGCCCUAUCGUCCCCACAGAAUGGCAAGACUAUACAGCAUCCCUCGACUAGAGACAUUGGAGAUGGUCACCUAGAGGGGACCAGGAAGGAAUUGCAACUUGCUUGGGGACGUAAGCAGUAUUGUACAAGUAGCACAAGAGCAGGGGUACACGUCCCACGUUGGAAUCGAUCGAACGACAGGAGCUCGAAGCUAGCGAACCACUGAGUUUUCUCCGUGACCGGCUGUUUGAGGCUACAAAUGCGAGAAAGAAAGAAGCAGAUCCGGGGGUGUCCAGUUCGGUCCCUGAGGUGGAAGUCCAUGCAGUAACCGAUUCGCUCACAUUCAAAUAUCCAGCUACCGCUAGCAAAUUGCAGUAACCCUUCGCACUUCAAACAGGACCACCUACAGGAUCACUUGAAGUACCACCUGCAUCACCACCUGCGAUACGAUAGACCCAGACACUACCUACA